AUGACCGACGACGUAGGGGUCAUUCACGACCAUGAUGCAAUGGGGGAGAAGAUGGAUAUAUCGCACGAGGAAGUCGUUCACCUUGCCCAGCUGACUCCGGAGGAAAAGGUCAUCGAGACAAAGCUGCGUCGGCGUAUUGACUCCACUAUUCUCCCUUUCGUGAUUAUCGUAAACAAUUACGCUGCUGCCAAGCUCCAAGGUCUAAUGACCGCGCUGAGCAUGUCCGAUGCGCAAUACCAGACCGGCCUGUCCGUGCUUUUCGUCGCAUAUAUAUUGAUGCAAGUUCCCUCAAACUUGCUCCUCAACUAUGUGGGUAGGCCGUCACUAUAUCUCGGCUUUUUCGUCAUGGCUUGGGGCUUGGUAUCGGCCCUGACUAGCCAGGUCACAACCUUCGGCGGUAUAGUUGCUUGUCGGUUCAUUCUCGGCCUGGUCGAGGCCCCUUUCUUUGCCGGUGUCCUUUUCUACCUCUCAAGUUGGUAUACGAAAAAAGAGCUCGCUUUACGGAUGAGUAUCUUUUAUGCCGGCUCCCUCAUCAGUGGUGCCUUUGGGAAUCUCAUCGCAGCAGGCAUUUUGUCCGGCCUGGCAGGUGCUCGUGGAAUGGAAGCCUGGCAGUGGUUGUAUAUCAUUGAAGGAUCCAUCACGUGCUUCAUCGGUUUGUUCAUGGCGAUAUUUCUACCAGACUUUCCUGAAACAUGGAGAGCCUUGACGCCGAAAAUGAAGGCUGUCGCUUUGCGACGCCUGGCCAUUGACGCCGCAGAGGCGGAUGCCGACGAGGCCGGCGGCAUGAGUCAAUGGCGUGGUGCAAAGCUCGCCUUUUCUGAUAAGCGUACCUACGCGUUUGCGCUAGGAUAUAUGUGUAUCAAUGCCGCUACUGGUUUCCAAUUCUUUUUCCCAACCCUCACCGCGACGCUGGGCUAUAAUAAUGUCAUUUCGCUCCUGCUCGUUGCUCCGCCGUAUGUUUUUAUGGUCAUUUUCUCUCUCGGCCACAACUACUUCUCGGACAGAUUCCAGAAACGCUUCGUUUUCUUCGUAUAUCCCAUUCCCAUUGCAAUUGUCGGCUUCAUCAUUUUCAUGACCACGUCUAGCUUUGGACCGCGAUAUUUGUCGCUUUUCCUCAUGAACUUUGCAUUUGCCAUGAUAGGGACUCUGUUUGGAUGGAUUGGUGGAACAAUUCCUCGCCCAAGAGCAAAACGUGCUGCCGCGUAUGCUUUUAUCAACUCUGUGGCCAAUUCGGCCAGUAUCUGGACACCAUAUACGUACCGCUCCCAGGAUGCUCCUCACUAUCGCCCGGCUCUCGGCGUGUGUAUCGGCAUGCUGGGAAUCGCAUUUUUGACAGCCGCGUUCCUCUACAUUGAUCUUAGGUCGGAGAAUAAGCGCCUGGAGCGCAUUGAGAACGAGGACGCUAUUCUCAGCGAGCGAGACUUGCGGCGAUUGCAAAAGACAGCUGAAGUGGAAAGCAUUGACAUUGGGGCCGCUCGUCGGCUGCAGAAGGGUUUCCGUUAUGUGUUGUAA